AACAAGAUGUAAUUCCCAUGCCUAAUCCACUGUACCUUCUUGUUUGAAUUCAUAGACUCUCCUGUUUCAGUUCAGAAAACAAGUUUGAAAUACAGAACAUAGAAUACCUCCAGUUUAGAAAGUCUGAUGUAUGCCUCUUAGUUCCCCAUACUUACUACAUAAAAGGAAAUGCUGAACAAUCGCAUGUACUACCUUAGUUCUGUAAGGUUUUUCUCUAAAUCUUCAGAUCAUCGUGUUUGGGGAAAAUACUGUGUAAGAGCUAUGGAGCAGAGCAAUUAUUCCGUGUAUGCCGACUUUAUCCUUCUGGGUUUGUUCAGCAAUGUCCGUUUCCCCUGGGUUCUCUUUGCCCUCAUUCUCCUGGUCUUUGUGACCUCCGUAGCCAGCAACAUGGUCAUGAUCAUUCUCAUCCACAUAGACUCCCGCCUCCACACCCCCAUGUACUUCCUGCUCAGCCAGCUCUCCCUCAUGGACAUCCUGUAUAUUUCCACCAUUGUGCCCAAAAUGCUGGUCGACCAGGUGAUGAGCCAGAGAGCCAUUUCCUUUGCAGGAUGCACUGCCCAACACUUCCUCUACUUGACCUUAGCAGGGGCUGAGUUCUUCCUCCUAGGACUCAUGUCCUAUGAUCGCUACGUAGCCAUCUGCAACCCUCUGCACUAUCCUGUCCUCAUGAGCCGCAAGAUCUGCUGGUUGAUUGUGGUGGCAGCCUGGCUGGGAGGGUCUAUCGAUGGUUUCUUGCUCACCCCUGUCACCAUGCAGUUCCCCUUCUGUGCCUCUCGGGAGAUCAACCACUUCUUCUGCGAGGUGCCUGCCCUUCUGAAGCUCUCCUGCACGGACACAUCAGCCUACGAGACAGCCAUGUAUGUCUGCUGUAUUAUGAUGCUCCUCAUCCCUUUCUCUGUCAUCUCGGGCUCUUACACAAGAAUUCUCAUUACUGUUUAUAGGAUGAGCGAGGCAGAGGGGAGGCGAAAGGCUGUGGCCACCUGCUCCUCACACAUGGUGGUUGUCAGCCUCUUCUAUGGGGCUGCCAUGUACACAUACGUGCUGCCUCACUCUUACCACACCCCUGAGCAGGACAAAGCUGUAUCUGCCUUCUACACCAUCCUCACUCCCAUGCUCAAUCCACUCAUUUACAGCCUUAGGAACAAGGAUGUCACGGGGGCCCUACAGAAGGUUGUGGGGAGGUGUGUGUCCUCAGGAAAGGUAACCACUUUCUGAAGAAAUUGCAUAUGCUGCUGAAGACUUGAAAUGAAGGAUACAAGACUUUAUCAUUGCCCUUGAAUUUAAAUAUUCUCUGCCUGGAAACAAGUGACCCCCAUGCCAGCAACUAUAGGGCAUUUAUGGGAUUUGGAAAGCUGCCUGGGAUUUUAAGGAUUUCAUUUUUUUGAAAGGUAUGAAGGCUCUGAACAAUGAACAGUUUGGGAUGGGGUAGGCAUAAAGUUGAGGUUUAGUAGUCACCAAUGAGCUCUUAACAAGGUGUGUAUUCCACUAAAAAUCAUGGAGUAGCCUGUUUCUGGCUCUGCUCAGUCAUGACAAAAAUGGUCAUCUUCAACUACUUCCCUGACUUCUCUCGACUUUUCCCCUUUAGACAGUCUGUCCAUUGACCAUUAUAAAGAAUCAACUCAAAUAUUAUAUUUCAAAUAUAGCAGUCACCAUCUUAUCCUCAGGCUGUGUUCUAAGUCUUUUGGGGGAAGCCUGAAACCAUAGUAUAGAACUAUAGAACCUGACUGCUGUCAGUCACAACAUAUUUGCUCAUCUUCUACCAUAAAUGUAAUACGUUUUCUUUCUUACCUAAGCACUUAUCACACACUGUGGCUGUAAGUUUUGCAGUUUGAGGUGUGACAGCAAAAUUACCACAUUUUUUUUCCUUCUACACAAUUUCAAAGAAGAUUCAUUCUUACUGUAGAUCUUGGCAAUCUCAGCAUAUUUUUUUCUUGCCAGAACCUCCAGUUAAGAACUUAUUGGAAUGUGUCUCUGAUAAUGGUUUGGCUGUUUCCCCACCCAAAUAUCAUCUUGAAUUGUAGCUCCUAUAAUCCCCAUGUGUAGUGGGAGGGGCCUGGUGGGAGUUAAUUGAAUCCUGGGGGUGGGUUUUUCCCAUGCUGUUCUCAUGAUGAAUAAGUCUCACGAGAUCUGAUGGUUUUACAAAGGGUGGUUCCCCUGCACAUGCAUCUUGCCUGCUGCCAUGUAAGACAUGCCUUUGCUUCUCCUUCACCUUCACCUUCCACCGUUGGCUGUGAGGCCUCCCCAGCCAUGUGGAACUGAGCCCACUUAACCUCUUUAUAGAUUACCCAGUUUGGGGUGUUGUAUAGCAGUGUGAAAAUGGAUUAAUAGUCUGUUUUUCAGAGACAUGAGCAGAGGGCCAAUAUCUUCAGAAAUAUAGAACACUAAAAAAUUAAGUCUUAUAGGAGCUAGCAAGGUUUUGCCAAAUACAGAUUCACCCAAAAAUGUCAAGUGGCACUUUGGAAUGGAGUGAGAGUGAGCAGGCAGAAUUAUCUGAAAUUAAAACAAUCUAAACUCCAAACUGUGGGAGUCAGUCAUGGCUUGUAGCAACCAAGUCUAUACCUACUGAUAUAAAAGGAUUACUUCCUGAAAAGAGUUAAAGGGAAGGAAAAAAGGUGAAUAAGAAACAUGGAAGAUUGAGACACCACAAAAUAUCUCUUGUAAAAAGUCUAAAUUAUUUAUAUAACUAAGUUCACUAGACAAAGUAUUGUGACACAUGAACAUGAGUUAGAAACUAAUACCAAUCAAUACAUUGUUCACAGGUCUGUUAUUUUUUCCUUGGGAAAAUUGUUAAUACAAGCCCAACCUAACUGAUAUAGCAGCACUUCUCAAACGCUUUCAUGACAUAACUAUAAAAAUUAGUGAUAUGGCACCUUGAGGAAAACUGAUGUGGCUGUUGACAGCAAAAUCAACUCCCCUGUGGCUGUAGCCAAAUCGGGCACUGAAGAUCAAUCCAGGGUUGAGAGGAUCAAUAUUGGUUGUAACCCAUUUUUGGCUCUGGAGAAAGACACAUCACACCAGAGGGAAGAGUGUAUCCAAUCAAUCCAAUAGUUAGUUGGAGAACUUUAUGGAUGACAUAUAAAAUAUUCUUCAGGAAUUAUUGAAUCACAUUCUAAAGGCUGAAAAAGGUAUAGGGUUUUCUGCUUACCUGUAGCAGAGGGUAUAAGGUAUGUGUCCAAUGGAUUUGAUGACUAAAAAUCAUAAGUAAUGUGCCCAUUAGCUGACUUAAUGCAUGAAAAGCAUUCAAUGACGUUGUUUGGGAAGCAGAACUUUAGUAAUAAGAUCACCUUCUUUUCCCCAUUAGAGAAAUAAAUGUUAAGAAGUUCAAUUUUCCUAAUGUUUAAAUAUCUUAAUAUGCUCUGGUGAAAAUUUUAGAAAAUGUGUAACUUGU